UAUUUUUCCUGUUUCUUGGAGGAAGUUCCUGAUGUCAGUGAUGGCGACUGCAGACGUGAGAGACGAGCUGAGCUGCUCCAUCUGUCUGAUCCUUUAUACUGAGCCUGUAAUGCUGCCGUGUGGGCACAACUUCUGCCAGGGCUGCAUUGAGAAGGUGCUGGACACCCAGGAGGGAUCUGGGGCUUAUUCCUGCCCUGAAUGCAGACAGGAGUAUGAGGAGCGCCCUGCCCUGCCCAGGAACAGAACUCUGGGGAACAUAGCAGAGAGAUUCCGUCCAACUGAGACACAACUGGGAGAGACCGGGAUCUUCUGCACCUACUGUGUCCUCUCUCCUGUACCUGCUGCUAAAUCCUGUCUCCUGUGUGAGGCUUCUCUGUGUGAUACCCACCUGAGGGGGCACAGCCAGUCACACAAGCACAUCUUAACUGCCCCCACACGUUCUUUUGGGGAGAGGAAAUGCCCCCAACAUGAUGAACUUCUAAAUUAUUACUGCCUCAAGGACUCCGUCUGUAUCUGCCUGUACUGUGCUGGGUUUGGGCAUCACAAGGGGCACAAUGUGGAACCUCUGAAUAAAGCCUUUGAUAAUAAAAAGAUCCAGUUAAGACAAGUUCUAGAGAAACUGCCCAUAAAGAGAGAAGAGACUGAGAGACGAGUGCAGAGACUGCAGGAGCGCAGGAGAGAAGUAGAAGAAAAAGCAGCCGGUGAGACAGAGAGAGUCACUGCCCUGUUUAGAGACAUCAGGGAACAGCUGGAAGCUCUAGAGAAGAGACUCCUGAGUGACAUCUCCAGCCACAAAGAGAAGAUUUCUCUCCCACUCACUAAUCUGAUCCGGGAGCUGGAAAUAAAGAAGGAAAAGCUGGGAGAGAAGAUGCGUCACAUUGAGGAGCUGUGCAACAUGGGAGAUCCAUUCUCUUUGUUAAAGAAAAUGGAAUCAGAAGGGGCUGAUAUUUGGGAAGCCGACUGCAGAGAUAUUGGGGGCCAAGAGAGUGAUGAUGAAAUGCUCCGUGAUGCCAAUGAUCUGGAUGAGGUUCUGAUUAUGGAUCCGAUAUACAGGGGCUUACAGGGUAUAGUAACAGGGACAAAGAAAGGACUGGGGAAUGAGUCAAUAAUCAUGGAUACAAACACAGCUCAUAGGGACUUAACAAUAUCAACUGAUGGUAAAUCUGCAUCUUACUCAGCAUCACCUUUAUACCAGGAUUACUACAAUCAAUCACAGAAAUUUCAGGUUUAUGCUCAAGUUUUAAGCACCAGGAGUUUCUCCUCAGGGCGACAUUACUGGGAUGUAAAUUGCAGUAAGUCAGCACAGUGGCGGGUUGGGGUGGCCUAUACCAGUAUAGAGAAGAGGGGAGAUAACUCACUUAUUGGGAAUAAUAAAAAGUCCUGGGCUGUUCAGAAACAGUUUAACUCAGUUCUAGUGACACAUGAUGGAAACACAAUCUCUCUUCCUAUUAUUUCCUAUUACUUUGGUUACAAAAUCCGAGUGUAUCUGGACUAUGAGGCCGGACGUCUGUCCUUUUAUGGGCUAACUGAGCCAAUCAGACACUUACACACCUUCUCUGCCAAAUUCACUGAGCCCCUCCAUGCUGCAUUCUGGGUAGGGGAGGGCAGUGUGAUUGUUAUUUACUAGAGAUGAGCCCAACAAUUUUGAUAGCUGAGUGUGCAGCACCCAGUCCCCAGUGUUGUAAGGAAUUAGUGGGAAAUCAGAUGU